CUAGUACAGUUAGUACUGGUUAGUACUCUUUCGAUUACAUCGCAACGACGACGUGUCUCCCAUUAGCGGAUCCGCGCUUCAACUCUCGCGCGCGCGCGUCUAUUCAUUCCACCGAUUCAUUCCGUCGCGCCACCCACGGAAACAAAACGCGCUCACCGUUUUCCGCACGUCACACACGGUUUUUCACGCUGUCAGACAUCGCACAUCUCCACAUUUACACGCAUUUUACAUCGCAAAGACAACGUGCGAGAACUGAAUUCCACCAGUCGACACGCACACGAAAAUUUAAUGCGGCCUAAUCGCGCUCAUCAGCACCGGGUUGGAAAAAUUUAAAAAAGGAAAAUUGUGACGCGAACCAAACAAACGUCAAUAUACAUCGUACAAAUACAAACAGUGUGAAACUAUUUCGUCGAAUAAAAAUUACGUGCGCUCAGAAUCCGAGUGGAGAAAGUGAAUUAGAUAGGGUGCAGCAUCAGCAAUGGAGUUCCGCUUUGGAGUCAACGAGAUAUUCCAGCAGCCGAUUGUCGAGAUAGGGCACACACUAAUUCCGGCCGGUUUCAAGGGUGACAGGCGACAAUUAUGGGACUCAAUUACCAAGGUGACUGAUGUGGUGAAUGCACUUGGGGCUGCUUCGGCGAAUGCCCAGGGAUUGACCAGGCCCAUUACCACUUCCGAUCGUUUGAGGAACAGCGAGCAACAAAUUUUAUAUCUGCUUAUUGAUUCAACUGCCAAUCAAGGCAAGGGUGCUGUGACGGGCAUGCUGAAAACGGGUCGCAAAGCGUUGUACGUCUUUGAUCGCGACGGGCAUCACUAUCAGGUGCAAGCGCCGUGCAUACUCGACUUUUAUGUGCACGAAUCACGCCAGCGGAGCGGCCUGGGCAAGAAACUCUUCGAGUAUAUGCUGCAGCGAGAAGAGGUGGACGCGAAACGGCUGGCAAUCGACAGACCAAGCGACAAAUUCCUGGCCUUCCUCAACAAGCACUACCAGCUCACCAGUCCGAUACGACAAAUGAAUAAUUUUGUGGUUUACGAUGGGUUCUUCCCCAAGGAUGAGACUAAAGAAAGGCAACAAGCUAAACAAAAUGGGGACGUUCCGCAUAAAGGAUCUAAUGGUUUGCAAGCUCAAAUUCUAACAUCACCCUAUGGUCGCUACGGCGCACCACGGCCAAUGUGCAGCAUGGGACAGAUAAUCCAUAAUCAAUCGUCAACUGUAAGCGGCAGUGAGCAAACUGGUACAGGGUGUUCCCUUCCCUACGCUCAAGAAAAUUCCUUUCCCCCACAAAUAAACGCUGAUGGAAAUCGCGAGCAGCAACAAAUACCGCAGGCACCCUUGCAGCCGCUACAGCAAAAUGAGGUUUCAGCGACUUCCGACGGCGCUCCCAUUUCACCCCCAGUUCAAUGCGCGGUGGUGGAACCGUUAAACAAUGCAAGUCAAGAUCAUACCUCCGAAGGAAAUAAUGCCCAAAAUGCGCAGGAGUUGAAUAAUUGUAAGAUUGCUAAGACGCAGGCCGUGGGCAAUGGCAUGUCGGAUGAUUCGGAGGUUGUACGCUUGGAACGACUGACACGUGUCAAUUCUGCACCCGCGCAUGGCACACAAAAUGAACCCGAAGUGAAAGCUAGGAAUGAAGGUCUUUACUGGCCGUUUUCGAUGCCCACACAGGAUUAUGUUUAUGAAAAGCGGUUUCAUCAUGAACCCAUUCCUACCAUAGCAACCGGGAUACACAAAGUGCUACAACCUGAUCAGUAUGUGUUGAAGAAACAGGUGGCCCCCGCCAAAGAAGAGGUGGACAAGUAUGGUCGACCAAGGAUUACGAGAGCCGCUAGUGCUCAGCCAAAUCAUUACCAUAAUCACUACCAUCAACAACACAUGCAGCAAUACCAACAGCCAAUGCCAUAUAAUAAUAAUUUAACUAGUUAUAAUUAUUAUGCGUCGAGGCCUUCCCCCCGUCAGAAUCAAUAUGAUAUGCAACAAAUGUAUAAUCAACAAAUGCAUCAAAAGAAGCAAGAACAGCAAUAUAUGUAUGAUCAAAUGCAGCAGCAGAUGUGGGACAGUUAUCAAAAUUGGUUACAGACUCAGUAUAUGAAGCAAUAUGCUCAAUGGUACCAGCAAAACCAUCAGUACCAACAGAAGUAUGAUUUGCCAAAACAACCAGCGGAAACAGCUCCUGUUUCUCAAGUUACUCCUCAAACAGAUGUUCCUACUUCCCAGCAACCUGAACCUACACCUAUCAAACAGGAAGUGGUACAACCAGAGAAACUGUUAGCGCAGCAACCCAUGCAAUGCGCGCUACGACCCUUCUACUGGCAGCCUAAGAUGAAUCAUGUCAUUAUCAAACCUCAUCCUGAAAAGGAGAAUGCCCAGGUCACAUCUCUGCCUAGUCAUGUUCCUCUAUAUCCACAAGGAAAUGCGAAUAUGUAUGAUCCUGCCUAUUAUCAACCUAUGUACCAACAGAUCCCACAAACACAACCACAACCACAACAACUACAACCAACCUCUUCAAAGGUGGUACCAUCAGUACCUGACACUUCUAAUGCCGAAAAUAACCAAAAAGUAGCGUCUUUACAAUCCUUACCCCCGGUUCAUUCAGAUCCCUCACAGAUGAUUCAACAACCAGGCAUUCAAGAAAUGAACCCGCUUUCGCCUGAACAAAUUGCUCAACUCCCACCACAACAGCAGAUUAUGUAUUAUCAACAAAUGUUAGCGCAACCUACGUAUGCCCAACACGGAUUAAAUUACAAUCCUUAUAAUCAUGUAUUUGGUAUUCCACCUCAAGUCCAACAACCUCAACAAAUUCAACCCCAACAAACAAAAGAUGCGCAAGAAGCAGACAAUUCACAAGCAAUAGAACGCAAUGAAAACACCUCUAAUCAAGCCGUUCCUACAAAUGAUAAAGUAGUGAAAGAAAAAAAUGCUGACGUGCAUGCUGCAGGCGAUGCAGCCAACUCCCAGCCAAAACCCGAGAAGAUACCCGCACCAUACCCGUUCCCUAUCAUUUUAAAGAGCAACUUGGAACCUCUCCAACCAUCAAUACCUUUUCGGCGACAUUCAAAAGCUGAUCACUACCAUCAACAACACAUGCAGCAAUACCAACAGCCAAUGCCAUAUAAUAAUAAUUUAACUAGUUAUAAUUAUUAUGCGUCGAGGCCUUCCCCCCGUCAGAAUCAAUAUGAUAUGCAACAAAUGUAUAAUCAACAAAUGCAUCAAAAGAAGCAAGAACAGCAAUAUAUGUAUGAUCAAAUGCAGCAGCAGAUGUGGGACAGUUAUCAAAAUUGGUUACAGACUCAAUAUAUGAAGCAAUAUGCUCAAUGGUACCAGCAAAACCAUCAGUAUCAACAAAAGUACGAUUUACCACAAAAAUCUGCGGAAACAGCUCCGGUUUCUCAAGUUACUCCUCAAACAGAUAUUCCUACUCCCCAGCAACCUGAACCUACACCUAUUAAGCAGGAAGUGGUACAACCAGAGAAACUGUUGGCGCAGCAACCAAUGCAAUGCGCGCUACGACCCUUCUACUGGCAGCCUAAGAUGAAUCAUGUCAUUAUCAAACCUCAUCCUGAAAAAGAGAAUGCUCAGGUUACAUCCCUGCCUAGUCAUGUUCCACUAUAUCCACAAGGAAGUCAGCCUAUUUAUGAUCCUGCCUAUUAUCAACCUAUGUACCAACAGAUCCCACAAACACAACCACAACCUCAACAACUACAACCAACUCCUUCAAAGGUGGUACCAUCGGUACCUGACACUUCUAAUGCCGAAAAUAAUCAAAAGGUAGCGUCUAUUCAAUCCCUACCCCCGGUUCAUUCAGAUCCCUCACAGAUGAUUCAACAACCAGGCAUUCAAGAAAUGAACCCGCUUUCGCCUGAACAAAUUGCUCAACUCCCACCACAACAACAGAUUAUGUAUUAUCAACAAAUGUUAGCGCAACCUACGUAUGCCCAACACGGACUGAAUUACAAUCCUUAUAAUCAUGUAUUUGGUAUUCCACCACAAGUCCAACAACCUCAACAAAUUCAACCCCAACAAACAAAAGAUACGCAAGAUGCAGAUAAUUCACAAGUAUCCGAACGUAAUGAAAACUCCUCUAAUCAAGCCCUUCCAACAACUGAUAAAGUAGUGAAAGAAAAAACUGCUGACGUGCAUGCUGCAGGUGAUGCGGCCAUCUCCCAACCAAAACCAGAAAAAAUACCCGCACCAUACCCAUUCCCUAUCAUUUUAAAGAGCAACUUGGAACCUCUCCAACCAUCAAUACCUUUUCGACGACACUCAAAAGCUGACAUCGCUUUGUCUGAACAGCAAUUAUCAAGCGCUAGAAAAGCGCAAGCGCAAAAAGCGUCUCCAGGGAAACCGAUAAGUGCACGUAUUGCAAGCACCAUUUUAAAGAGUACCAUACACAUGGCGGGCGUAAGGUCUAACUAUGACAUGGGGACACCAGUUAAAACACCCAGAUCAUUAAAUCGGUUUGAUCAUAACAGAACGGUGAAACACUCAACUAGCGAUAAGCAGAAUUUCAAACCUGUGUCUAGUGAGCAGCCGCAGUCGGACGAGCCACUGCAUGAUGAGGUGGAUGCACCAUUGCCGCCCCCAAGCGUGCGAGUCGACAGGCCACAAACGCUGGCGCUGCAACAUCAGCACGUGGCGGAUUCACACGGGGACCAAAAUAACGAUGCCGGAGCCGAAGAUGAGGAGCUCGCCGAGAUUGAGGCACAAAUUGAAAAGUUAGAGGUUGCACCCUUGAGUAAUACGCCUACUCCAAGAAAGGUGAACAAUUAUACGCGCAGCUCGCUCAGUUUUGGCAACGACAACGCUGCCGUCCAGGAGCGAAAGACUCCAAGCCACCUCACCGAGCAGGGACACUUUGAUUUGAAAUUUUACAGUCACAAACUUUGGUAG